GGCAGGAGCGAGCUCCGGCCCCUGGGGCUGCGCACGGAGGGCACACGGCAUGGGCCCGGCGGACCUGGGGUGCCCGGGCCUCUCACCUGUGAGAGCUGAGGGCGGGGGUCGCAUUCCGAGGCCGCCCCCCGCCCAGCCCCAGCGUCCAAUCGGCCACAGACAGGCGGCUGCCGUGGCCCCACUGCGCGGGCGGGCAGACCGAGGCCCGGCCCGGCCCCGCCGCCUUCCCCGCCCCCGGCGCGCCCCUCCCCGGCCGCCGCGUCUGCGGCUGGGCCGCACAGCGCCCGCCUUGGGGUUCCGGCGGCAGCACCUGGGCCGCGGCUGGCGUCCGGCGGGGGCACGCUGCCUGCCCCCUUCCGCCAUGAGCUCGGCCGGCUCCGCGGACGCCCUGCCGGCGGGCAGGACUCCUGUGAGCAGCCUCCAUGAGGCCCUGGACCAGUGUAUGACUGCCCUGGACCUCUUCCUCACCAACCAGUUCUCAGAAGCACUCAGCUACCUCAAGCCCAGAACCAAGGAGAGCAUGUACCACUCGCUGACAUAUGCCACCAUCCUGGAGAUGCAGGCCAUGAUGACUUUUGACCCUCAGGACAUCCUGCUUGCUGGCAACAUGAUGAAGGAGGCGCAGACGCUGUGUCAGAGGCACCGGAAGAAGUCCUCUGUAACAGAUUCCUUUAGCAACCUGGUGCAUCGCCCCACUAUGGACCAAUUCACGGAAGAGGAAAUCCAUGCUGAAGUCUGCUAUGCAGAGUGCCUGCUGCAGAGAGCAGCUCUGACCUUUCUACAGGAUGAGAACAUGGUGAGCUUCAUCAAGGGCGGCAUCAAAGUUCGAAACAGCUACCAGACCUACAAGGAGCUGGACAGCCUCGUGCAGUCCUCACAAUACUGUAAGGGAGAGAACCACAGGCAUUUUGAGGGAGGGGUGAAGCUCGGCGUGGGAGCCUUCAACCUGACGCUGUCCAUGCUUCCUACCAGGAUCCUGCGGCUGCUGGAGUUUGUGGGGUUUUCAGGAAACAAGGACUACGGGCUGCUGCAGCUGGAGGAGGGCGCAUCCGGGCACAGCUUCCGUGCUGUGCUCUGUGUCAUGCUGCUGCUCUGCUACCACACCUUCCUCACCUUUGUGCUUGGUACUGGGAAUGUGAACAUUGAGGAGGCAGAGAAGCUCCUGAACCCCUACCUGAAGCGAUAUCCUAAGGGCGCCAUCUUCCUGUUCUUUGCGGGGCGGAUUGAAGCCAUUAAAGGCAAUGUUGACACAGCCAUCCAGCGGUUCGAGGAGUGCUGUGAGGCUCAGCAGCACUGGAAGCAGUUCCACCACAUGUGCUACUGGGAGCUGAUGUGGUGCUUCACCUACAAGGGCCAGUGGAAGAUGGCCUACUUCUAUGCCGACCUGCUCAGCAAGGAGAACUCCUGGUCUAAGGCCACCUACAUCUACAUGAAGGCCGCCUACCUCAGCAUGUUUGGGAAGGAGGAUUACAAGCCGUUCGGGGAUGAUGAAGUGGAGUUGUUUAGAGCAGUGCCAGGCUUGAAGCUCAAGAUUGCUGGGAAAUCUCUACCUACAGAGAAGUUUGCCAUCCGGAAGUCCAGACGCUACCUCUCUCCCAAACCAAUCUCGUUGCCAAUCCCUGCUCUGCUGGGGAAACCAAGGCUCCACUGGGGAGGAAACCUGACUGACUUGCUCCCCUACCCUCAGGAAAUGAUGUACAUUUGGAAUGGCUACGCUGUGAUUGGGAAGCAGCCUGAACUCACAGAUGGGAUACUUGAGAUUAUCACCAAAGCUGAAGAGACGCUGGAAAAGGGCCCAGAGAAUGAGUACUCAGUGGAUGAUGAAUGCUUGGUGAAGUUGCUGAAAGGCCUCUGUCUGAAAUACCUAGGCCGUGUUCAGGAGGCUGAGGAGAACUUCAGGAGCAUUUCUUCCAAUGAAAAGAAGAUUAAGUAUGACCACUACUUGAUCCCAAAUGCCCUGCUGGAGCUGGCCCUGCUAUUCAUGGAGCAAGGCAGAAACGAAGAGGCUGUCAAACUCUUGGAAACUGCCAAGCAAAACUACAAGAAUUACUCCAUGGAGUCAAGGACACAUUUUAGAAUCCAGGCAGCCAUACUCCAAGCCAAGUCUUCCCUAGAGAAUGGCAACAGAUCCAUGGUCUCAUCAGUGUCCUUAUAGUUUUAUGCAGCACUCCCAGGCUGGAAGACAGCUGGACAGAGCUGGAAACAUUUCAAAAAGAUCCCCUCCCCCUGCCCUGCCUUCGGGGUCCACCGGUGCUCCAGUGGGAUGGCACAACAUUUGUAUUCAUGCAGAAGAGAAGUCGGCAUUUUCACCAGUGUGGCCAAGGGCCUUUACCAAGGACAGAGCAGGUGGAGCCCUCUGCCUGCCCUAUCACACAUACGGGUACUGUUUUUCACUGUGAUGUUUAAGAGAAUGUAUGAAGAGUUUACAUGUUAGAAAUACAUUAAUGGUAUCACAGUUGGCUUAAAAAAAAGUAACCAACCACCUGUAAAUCUGUUUUAACCCA